GUAAUAAAAUGUUGCCAACUGUAAAACCAUAACUUGUACUUGCAAAGUAAAUUGAAAUUAUCACGUAUAUGACAUGAAAUAAAAAUAUGUUCAAUAAAUAUAUUAUAUAUUAUGUGUAUAUUUUAUUGAUUUAAUAAUUAUUUUAAAUUAUUUUAUAUUAACAUUUAAAUGUAUUUAAUGAAAUUAUAUUUAAUAUAUAUAAUAUUAUACAACAUAAUACAAUAUUUCAACAUGGCUGCCGUACAUCGAGAGGCUAUCCAAAAACAAAUUCAACAAGAUUGGGCAAAUCGAGAAUAUAUUGAAGUUAUAACUGGUAGCAUCAAAAAAAUAACUGAUUUCCUUAAUUCUUUUGAUAUGUCUUGCCGAUCAAGAAUAGCUGUUCUUAAUGAAAAGCUUACAACACUAGAAAGAAGAAUUGAGUAUCUAGAAGCAUGUGUUACAAAAGGAGAAACAUUAACCUAAAUAAAUCAUUAAUAAAAUUUGUAAUAUUUUAUGAUUUUUAUAUUUAUUGAAAUUAUAUAUGAAUAAAUGUAGAAUAAUGAUAACAAUAUAUAUUACAUUCUAAUUAUAAAGUCUAUUAUAUGUAUUAUAUGUAUUGAUGAUUAAAUAGAAGGAACACUAAAAAAGCUAUUUGAUAUACGUUUAACAUAA